UUGAGGCCUCUAAUAACACUCGUGUUUCAAUGUAUUGUAUUAUUCCCAUUCCAUAAUUCAGUACAUUUCUCGUUAUUAAUAUAAUUCGCCUGAAUUUAACGAAUUUUCUUUAUUAUAUAGUGUAAUAAUUAUAAUAUAGUUCUAAGUGUUAAAUAGUUAAAAUGGAAAACGAAAGAGAUAUCAGGCGUAAAAAACACAAACAGUCGGAUAGAAGAGACGAUAACGAAUAUCGUAGUGAACGCAAAUCCAAAAGACCACGAACAAAAUCACGGUCACCACACGAUAGGCGCGACAGAGAUAUCAAUCGUAAACGAAGGAGAUCGAAAUCAAGAUCACAAGAGCGUCAUGUUAAACAAGAGAAACAGAGCAACGAUGCACAGAAUGCACCUCAAAAGGACCCGCCUGUCCGGAAAGCGAAGGAGACAGACAUGCUCAAUACGCGAACCGGUGGGGCAUACAUACCACCAGCGCGACUCCGCAUGAUGCAAGCACAAAUUACUGACAAAUCUUCCAUCGCAUAUCAGAGGCUCGCCUGGGAAGCACUCAAGAAGUCAAUACACGGUCAUAUUAACAAAAUCAAUGUGGGUAAUAUUGGUAUAAUUAUAAAGGAGUUACUGAAAGAAAACAUAGUACGUGGUCGCGGUUUGCUUUGCCGAUCUGUUAUACAGGCUCAAGCUGCCUCACCCACUUUCACUAAUGUAUAUGCAGCCUUAGUUGCAGCUGUUAACUCUCGUUUCCCGAAUAUUGGUGAACUCCUGCUCAAACGGUUAGUCAUACAAUUCAAAAGAGGUUUUAAGAGGAAUGAUAAGCCUACAUGUAUAUCAUCAGCAUCGUUUAUAGCUCAUCUUGUAAAUCAGAGAGUCGCACAUGAGAUACUUGCAUUAGAGUUGCUGACGUUACUUGUAGAGACACCUACUGAUGACUCUGUGGAGGUUGCUAUAGCAUUUUUGAAGGAGAGUGGUCAAAAACUCACAGAGGUGUCAUCGAAAGGUGUAAAUGCUAUUUUUGAGAUGUUAAGAAACAUUCUACAUGAAGGGCAGUUGGAUAAAAGAGUUCAGUACAUGAUAGAGGUGAUGUUUCAAGUGUGGAAAGAUGGGUUCAAAGAUCACCCGGCUCUGAUUGAGGAGUUGGAACUGGUGCCGGAGGAGGAGCAGUUCACACAUCUGCUGAUGUUGGAUGAAGCUACUGACUCGCAGGAUAUUUUGAAUGUAUUCAAAUUCGAUGAGAAGUAUGAAGAGAAUGAACAAAAGUACAAAACAUUAAGUAACGAAAUUCUUGGUUCUGAUGCUGAAUCUGGUGAAGAAGAUGGCUCCAACGAGAGUGGCAGCGAUGAAUCAGAUGAAGAAGAACCUGACAGCGAACAGAAGGGAGUAACCAUUAUAGACAACACAGAAACUAAUCUAGUAGCGUUGAGGCGCACCAUUUACUUGACUAUAAAUUCUAGUUUAGACUUUGAGGAAUGUGCACACAAACUUCUAAAAAUGGAACUGAAGCCAGGUCAAGAGGUGGAGCUGUGUCACAUGUUUCUGGAUUGCUGUGCCGAGCAGAGAACAUAUGAGAAAUUCUAUGGGCUAUUGGCUCAGAGGUUCUGCAACAUCAAUCGAAUGUAUAUUGGUCCAUUUGAAGAGAUCUUUAAGGAUUCCUAUGGAACUGCACAUCGGUUGGAUACAAAUAGACUGAGGAAUGUGAGCAAGUUUUUUGCUCAUCUCCUGUUUACAGAUUCAAUCAGCUGGGAGGUAAUGGAGUGCGUCAAGCUAAAUGAGGAGGACACGACCAGCUCCAGUCGUAUUUACAUUAAGAUUUUAUUCCAAGAGUUGGCCGAAUACAUGGGAUUGAAGAAGUUAAAUGAUCGCCUGAAAGAUCCGACUUUGCAGUCAGCAUUUUCCGGUGUAUUCCCCAGGGACAACCCAAAGAACACAAGGUUUUCCAUUAACUUCUUCACAUCUAUUGGUUUGGGAGGACUUACCGAUGAGUUAAGAGAACAUUUAAAACAAAUGCCAAAGAAUGUGCCUGCCCCAAUAACGGAAAUCAAUCUUGGCAGUGAGGAAUCCAGUUCAGACUCUAGUUCAAGCUCAAGCAGUAGUUCAGAUUCAUCAUCAAGUGACAGUGACUCUGAAGAGGAGAAUAUUGAAAAGAAGAAGAGCAAAAAGAAGAAAGACAAAACUCCUAAAACACCAGAAGUUGAUGAAUCUAAUAAAAGUAAAAGUACUGAAAGAUGGGGACAUGAUGGCUUCUACGAUACAUAUGGAAAAGAUGCGCGUAGAAAAGAAAACAGAUCGGAAAUGAUAAACAGAGAUGGCGAUAAUUUUGUGAGGCCUCGAGAUGUAACACGGCGAAAUGACGACAGUUUCAGAGAUAGAAAUUAUGAGCAUAGGAAUACAGAUAACCAUAGGAGGCGAGAUGAAAGGAAUCACAGUGAGGACCCAAGAAAUCGCAGUGAAGAGUCAAGAAAAAGUUCUGACGAAAGAGAUGACAGAUGGAAAAAUAGAGAUAGUAGACAAGGUGAAUCUAGACGGAGAGAUGAUGAACGAUACCGAAAUAGCAGUCGUGAACAUUAUGACAAUUCAAACUCACGAAGAUAUUCAGAAAGAGAACGAAAUGAUAGGCAACAAACAGAAGAAGAACCCAAGAGAAGAAAUCGAGAAGAAAAUGAAAACAGACGUCGAGAAAAGGAAGACAAACACAGAAGGUAUACUGAUGAGGAAGAACCAAAAUCAAGAAGUAAUUCAAAGAGAAAUGAAAUCAGUAAAAAUGAUGAUAGAAAACGCGAAAAGGAAAGUAGAAAACAAGAUGACAGAAGUAGUGAUAAUAUAGACAGGCAAAGAGAAAGCCAUCGCCAAACAAAUAAAGAGGAUUCGUAUAAACGACAGGAAAAAGAGAGUAAGAAAGAUGAUAGAAGAGAAGACAGAAAACGCUAUAAAGAUAACAGUGAUGAAGAAAAUGCCUAUUCAAAUAAAGAAAAGAGAAAAAAUGAUACUGAUCUCUCAAGAAAUAAACGAGUAGACAAAGGUGAUUCAGAUACUGAAAGCCAUGACAGAAGAAAGCGCAAUAACCGUAAAUCUAACUCAGAUGAAGAAGAAACUAGUGUCCCGAGAAGUUAUUGGGAAAAUGAAGACUCCUGGAGUGUAAGAAAAGAUAAAGAGCGAGACUUGGGCGCGCGUUAUUGGGAAACAAGAGCAGAAAUGAAAACUUAGUAUUAUACCUAGGACCCAUUAGGAUUAUUUGUGACUGGAGUUGUAUAAAAUUUUACAGUGUACAUAAUAUAACUGUAUUGUAUAUUAUACAUGAUGGAUUUGGAGGUCUCCAAAACUUUAGAAAUUAAUAAAA